AUGUCCACGCCUGCAUCCACCGAUAACUGGCCUUGCUCUCAGAUUCGAUUAUCUAAGUGUAGGUCUUCCGAAAUGUAUGGCACUGCCGGCACAACGAUAUAUUCCUUCGGAGACAGUGAAAAAUUAGGUUCUGUAAGAGCGUUGAACUCAACGCAUAAUUCACCCCUGCAAAGAAACGCGCCCAUAGUUCUCUUGCUGCGACACGGGUUGCGAACAGAUAUGAAUUUGUUACUCGAGUAACAGACUUCCAUCUUGUUAAAUCUACUUGUGUCCCCGCCG